AUGGACGCCAUUUCUUUCGUGCUCGGAAUCAAAUCGUCGCACCUGCGGUCAACCAACCUCCGCGACCUCGUCUACCGCGGCCGUGUCUUGCGAACGUCGAAACUCGAUGCCGACGGAAACGUCAUUGAUGGGGAAGUGAACGGAGAUGAGGACAACGCGGAGGACGGAGUCGACGGAGAGCUCUCGCAGGAUGCCAACGGCUCGAAUGACCCGCGCACCGCGUGGGUUAUGGCCGUCUAUGAGGACGACGCAGGUGAGGAACAGCAGUGGCGUCGGUCCAUUACGAGCCAGGGUGUCAGCGAGUACCGGAUCAACAACCGCAUCGUCACGGCGCAGCAGUACAACGAGGCUCUGGAGGCGGAGAACAUCCUGAUCAAGGCGCGCAAUUUCCUCGUCUUUCAGGGUGACGUGGAGGCCAUUGCGUCGCAGUCUCCCAGGGAUUUGACCCGCUUGAUCGAGCAGAUAUCCGGAAGUCUCGAGUACAAGGCUGAGUACGAGCGUCUGAAGGCAGAGGCCGAGGAGGCGGCGGAGCAGCAGACUGUGCAGCUCAACCGUCGCAGAGGUAUCAAUUCUGAGAUUAAGCAGUACCAGGAGCAGAAGCGCGAGGCCGAAAACUACGCUAGAAAAGCAGAGGAGCGUGACCAGGCCAUCAUCACGCAUAUAUUGUGGAAGCUCUUCCACUUCCAGCGCCUGAUUGACGCUUCCAGUGCAGACAUUCUCAAGUACCAGGAUGAACUCAAGGAAUAUCGACGGGGUGUUGAGAAGUACGAAAAGAAUGUUGAGGAGGCAAAGAAGGAACACGCCAGCGUUGGUCGAAAUGUUGCAAAGGCCGAGAAAAAUAUCAUGAAGAAGGAGAAAGAGAUUGAGGAGGCUACCAAUGCUUUGGUUCCUGUUGACGAGAAAGUCGAAAUCACUCGGAAGAAGGUUGAGCGGUUUGCCUCCCGAAUUGAAGAGAUCGGCAAAGAGCGCGAUUCCCAGUCCGCCAACAUGAAGCAGCUGGAGAAAGAUUUGAAGGUCGUUGAGAAAGCCCAGGCUCAGUGGGAAGCGGAGUGGCAGAAGACCAUCAGCAAGCAAGGCAGACAGCUCAGCGAUGCCGACCAGCAGGAGUACAAUCGGCUCAAGGAGGAGGUUAGCAGGCAGACUUCUGCCGAGCAGCUGAAUCUUGAUCACUUGCGACGACAAAGGAAGAUGGAAGCUGAAGCAUACAAUAGCCUGAAGAGCAAAUUUGAGGCUACGGAAUGGCAGCUCAAGUCUUUACAAUCCGACACACAAUCAAUGACUGAGCGUAAGAAGACUCUUAACGAUACGAUCAAGAGUACCUCGAAAGAGAUCGAAAGCAAGAAAAAAGACCUGAACGCCCUCACCUCCGAACGGCUCCGUGUCUCGCAGAUGAGGACGGAACUUGAGGAGAAACUUCAGGUGGUCUUGAAGAAGCUUCUGGAGGCCGAUGAUGGGAAGAAACAGACCGAAAAGGAGCUUAGAGUCAAGGAGUUGAUCUCUACUCUCAAGCGCAUUUUCCCAGGUGUCAAGGGCCGCGUCAGCGACCUCUGCAAACCGAAGCAGAAAAAAUACGCCGAUGCUGUUGCCACCGUUCUUGGUCGUCACUUUGACGCUAUUGUUGUGGACAAUGAAAAGACAGCUAAAGAGUGUAUCCAACAUCUGCGUGACCAGAGAGCAGGCCAGGCGACUUUCAUUCCUCUGGAAACCAUUCAAGUGAAAGCCUUCAACUCGAAUCUUAAAGGAAUGCACCGUGCAAUGCGACCAGCGAUUGAGACAGUGGAUUACGAUGACUCUGUCGCUAGAGCGAUUAGCUACGCCUGUGGGAACGCCAUCGUGUGCGAUGACUUGGCAACGGCCAAGUAUCUGUGCUAUGAAAGGAAUGUUGACGCCAGAGCCGUAACUCUCGACGGGACCAUCAUUCACAAGGGAGGUUUAAUGACGGGUGGUCGCGGGCCCCAGCAACAGCACUCAAAGCGCUGGGAAGAUUCGGAGGUGGAAAACCUCUACAAGCUUAAGGACAAGCUCAUGGCCGAUCUUGCCAGCCUGCCCAAGGGGCACCGGAGAGGUACAGAAGAGGAGGCCCUGCAGGGCGAGCUUGUUGGUCUUGAACAGCGUCUGGCUUAUACCAAAGAGGAGCUGAAGGCGCUUGAAAGGAAUCUUCAAAGCAAGAAGAGCGAGCUUGAUUUCACCAAGCGUCAGCUGGAAGAUCUGAGGCCGAAGUAUACCGAGAAGCAAGAGACUUUGGAAGAGCUCGACCAGACGAUCGCCACAUCCCAAGAGUCCGUCAGUAGUGUUGAGGACGAGAUUUAUCGCAAGUUCUGCAAGCGUCUUGGAUACAGCAAUAUCCGCGAGUACGAGAUCCAACAAGGCUCACUGCACGAAGAAGCAUCCCAAAAGAAGCUGGAAUUCACCACACAGAAAAGCAGGAUUGAGAACCAGCUUAGCUUCGAAAAGCAGCGGCUGACCGCUACGAUUGAUCGGAUAUCAGGUCUCGAGGCUCAGCACCAACGUGAUGUCAACAUGAUUGAAGAGCUCCAGGCGGAACAGGAACGCAUCCGGAACCAGUUGGAUGAGUUCAACGCCGAGCUUGAUAUCCUUCGCGAGCGUUUGGAGGAGCAGAAGGAAGCAUAUGCCCAAUCUGCUGAGAACCUUGCCCAACAUCGCCGAGAACUCCAAAAGCGGAGCCGAGAAGUGGAAGGUGUCUUGAAGAGUAUCAACGCUUUGGAAGCAGAGAUCCAACGCAAUUCGGCCAGUCGAUAUGCUCUUCUCCGCCGUUGCAAGCUUGAGGACAUUGAUCUUCCGCUGACCGAAGACUCUAAUCCAUUGGAUCAGCUUCCUAUCGAUGAUCUUGUUCAGGCAGCUGACCCCGAUGCGAUGGACGUGGACGAGGAUGGCGCUGGUGGUACUGGUGCCGUUCAGGACUAUGGCAUUGAGGUCGACUUUGACUCCUUGGGGGAGACCCUUAAAGAGGAAUCGGAUGAAAAGGUUGAAGAGGAACUACUCGACAAAGUUCGCUCUCUCAACAAUGAUCUCGAUAAGAUGGCACCGAACACGCGCGCAAUGGAGCGAUUAGAGAGCGUAGAGAACAAACUUCGGGCUACGGAGAAGGACUUCGAAAAUGCUCGCAAACACGCCCGCAAGACUAAGGAAGAUUUUGAGGAAGUGAUGCAGAAACGCUCUGAUCUGUUCAACAAAGCUUUCUCUCAUAUCUCCGAGCAAAUCGGCCCCAUCUAUCGUGAAUUGACGAAGAGCCCUGGCUACCCCAUGGGCGGCCAAGCCUACUUGGAUAUUGAGGAUUCAGAUGAGCCAUACCUCGACGGCAUUAAAUACCACGCCAUGCCCCCAUUGAAACGAUUCCGAGAUAUGGAGCACCUCUCUGGUGGUGAGAAGACAAUGGCGGCUUUGGCAUUGUUGUUCGCUAUCCAUUCCUACCAGCCAUCGCCGUUCUUCGUUCUCGACGAGGUCGAUGCUGCGCUUGACAACACCAACGUUGCUCGGAUUGCCAACUACAUCCACGACCACGCUGCCCCCGGUAUGCAGUUCAUUGUCAUCAGUUUGAAGACGGGACUCUUCCAGAACAGCGAGGCUCUGGUAGGUAUUUACCGAGACCAGAACGAAAACAGCAGCAAAUCUUUGACACUGGAUCUUCGGAAAUACAAUUAA